CCUCACCUCUGCCCUACUUCCUUCACUCCCCCUUCCUCCUCUCACCCCAUUCCCUCUCCCUCCUCUCUCCCUCUCUCUUGUCAGUCAUCUCUCACUUCAGUCCUCGUCUCUCCUUUGACUCGUAAACAAGUGCUCCCCCGUCCCCUGUCCCCCCCCCCACCUAUCCAGUCAGUCAGUCAGUCAGUCAGUCAGUCUUCCUGGUGAUAUUUUGUCCUCAUUCCACUUGUUUCCACUUUCUAUACGUGUGUCUUGAAUUAGGGGCAGUUUAGUGGUGUGUCUCUCACCGCCACAUCCUAUCACACAUCCCGCUCUUAGCCUGUCCUGUCCAUAGCUAAGCCUGUGGCACUCAUCACCUCCAAUACACCUGCAAAACACUGGAAAAACACCAUUUAAGGCACUUCACUUUUAGAAACACCCUGACACACCACAAAGCACACACAAUAAACACCUCAUAGCACACGGAACACCCCAAACAACACUUAGAACUACAUGAAACACUGCAAAGACAUAGAGAGAUGCCUCAAAUUAUCUCGAAACAAAGAAAUUAUCAUUGAAAAAUCUUGUUGAAUACCUUAAAAACGCACAUACACACUCCAAAACACCCCAAAACACCCCAAAACACCCAAAUCACCCCAAAACACCCUACAGCAUCUUAGAGACACACAUAUGUACCUCAAAACACCUCAACACACCCCAAAACACCCUACAACACUCUACAAACACACAGACAUACCAUAAAACAUCCUAAAAACACACAAACAUACCCCCAAUCACCCGGAAACAGGAAACACACCCCAAAACACCUCGAGACACGCGAAACACAUCCAGAACACUCCAAACACACGAAACACGCCCCAAAACACACAAAACACACGAUACACACCCCAAAACGCACAAAACACACCUCAGAACAUCCCAGAAUACACCCAAAACACCUCAAAACACGCGAAACACCCCCAAACAUACGAAACACACCGUCAAAACACACCAAGACACCCAAACACACCCCAAAACACCCGAAAACUCACGAUAAACCUUACAAAACACACGAAACACAUCCCAAAACACCCCAAAACACACCCCCAAGACACCUCUAAACACACCAAGACACCCUUAAAACACCCCAGUGACUUCUCGCAGCGCACAGCCACCAUGGAGCGAGUUACUGUUACUUUUGUUACCAACGUUAACAUUCCACUGUUCAGUAAGUUGGGGCCGAGACCAGUAGGGACUGUUCUGAUGGCCUUCCCUAUUGUUCUCUUCCUUGAUUCACUCGAUAAGGACUAUUUUGAUGAGUUUUACGAAGAUCUAGAAGACUCAGAGGACAGGAAUGAUCUGAAGCACUCCCCUCUCCCUUAUCCGGACCCUGGUUUAACGUAUCCGGACUACUAUGGGGAUUACUAUGGGGAUUAUAAUGAAUUGACUGGUCUUUCAUAUUCUUCGUCUUAUUUUCCUGUGUCGUCUGGUCAGUUCUCGUCGUCUGGUCAAUAUUAUUACCCCUCCUCCUCCUCCUCCUCCUUCUCUUCUUCUUCCUCGUCUCCUUCCUCCUCCUUCUUCUCUUAUUCUAGAGUAAAAAGAGGAGUUUCAUCACCCAACAGUGGAAAUGUUAACAAUUUGCCGCCUCUUGAACUGGGAAAGACCAGGAACCUAGCAGAGGACCAGCUGGCAUUAUUUUACCACCUGGAGACGUCCUUGACAGUGGCGGGCGUGGACGGGCGGGCGUGUAUGCUGAGGGCGGUGUGUGAGGGACAGAGUAAGCGGCUUAUUGCUCUUAACCUCUUGGGACACCUGCUCACCGCCUUCCUCACGCCACAAGACAAGACCCUCCUAAAGCCGUACUGGGAGGCUGCCGAAGUGGGGCGGGCCGGGACGAGGGGCGGCCGAUGCGCUAAACACUACCCAGGAUGUCCAGUCUCGCUCCUCGACAUCUUCAAGCUUGCCAGACGUAACCCUAUGAUGCCCACACACUGAAGCGGUCCAUCAUCGUCAGCAGCAGCGGCGGUGGUGGUGGUGGUGGUGGUGGUGGUUGUUCUGUGUUUUGUACGGGACCUGUUGUUGUUGUUGUUGUUAUUUUUUUUUUUUUUUUGUGUGUUUGUGUUUUGG